GCUGGGCUCUUCCGCUUUCGGAAGCGGCUCUGAUUGGCUGGCGCGGCUCGGGUCCUGCUGUUUCGGGAGGCAGGCAGGCGGGGCUGAACUGGACGUUGCCUUUUGCCUGUAGUUGCGCGCGCUGAGCUUUGAGUGCGGCGUUGAGUGAUGAGGAGGAUCUGCGGCCUUCACUGUUACCAUGACGACAAGGAGGCUCGCUGAUUCGGCCCCGAGGGGGAUGCUGACAGGCUGACACCCCUCUCCGUACUUUCUCCCCACGAGACCCUUCGCCGCCUUCUGUCUGCGGGGCCCUGUCAUUUUCCCGGGGGUCAACCGAAAGCAGUCCCCCCCUCCCCGCACCCUUCGUACCAGGGUGCUUCAUUCGUCAUGUGUCCAUGAAUUCUGGCUGGGUCUGCCAUGGAGAAGAGACUGGAAGACCAGUUCAGCAUCAGCUCUCUGCAUGUUUUGGGAGAUUUCCUUGGAAAAGCUGCCAAGUGGCUGGUCCAGUUUCAUCUUCUCUACAUGUGUGCCUGCCUCAAUGCUUUCUGUUCCUAUACAGAUGCAAGUUGGAACAGAAGUGCGUGUCAGCUUGGAAGGCCUCUAGUGGGGGGCCGCUUGAGGUCAUUGGAUGGAGUCCACCUCCAGUUACUGGACGGAUUUCAUUCUUUCCAUUCUUGUCAAGCAGCUUGCUGUCAGAGCCCUGACUGUGAUGCUUUUUGGCUCAUGGGCAAAAUGUGCAUCCAGGUGAACUGCACCAGUCCUCCCAAAUGUCGAGCAAUACAGGCCAACACCACAGACUCCAUCUUGGUAUUUGUAAAGAAGUCUGGCAACGCAGUGUCCUCCCAGCCUGCAGCAGAGAGGAAAGCUCAACUCCCUAAAUGGUUGAACUGGAGGGAGGGACAUGCAAGAUAUAGUGCAAGGAUGCGAAGGUCUUUCAAAGAGUCACAGAGACAUAGAGUGCCUAAAGCAGACAACAUCAGGAGCUCUCUAAAGAGAGAGAUAAGCUCCAGUGGUGGAAGUCCCUUGAGCACCCCUGCUCCAUCUCAGCCCCUGGAUAAUAAGGACUUGGCACAGCCUCAGUCUUCAGGGCAAGACACAAACCUUCCCAGAGACCAUGUGAAUUCAGACAGGGUCAUGCUGCAAAAGGAUAAAGGUUUAAAGGAUUCAAAAUCUCCAAGCCCAUCUCUUCCUGUGGCCAAUAAUGUGAAUAGCCCAAGUGAUCUUGCUGGGAGCAUUUCUGGGGUGGCCCCUGCAGGAGCUGCUACUCCAGAACCAUCUCCUUUAGUUUCAUUCUCCAGUCCUGUUGUCCCAGGGUUGAUGCCCACUGGGGACACUGAGAAAGCCAAGCCAUUCAACACUUCCAUCCAGCCUUCAUCCUUGGAAGAGGCUAUUCCAAGUUCCAGCACUCCUCAGGGGAAAGAUACCGUGACGGUUCAGCAGGUGACCUUCAUUCCCACUGGCAUUCCCACCAACAACAGUGCUACUGUGGCCCCAACCAAUGCCGCCAUAUUACCCAGCACUGCUGCCCCAACCCCAGUUAUUAAGAAACUGGCAGUUUCUGCUGGAGACAGCGUGCAGGUGACCCUUCCAAAGAGCGAAGUGGAGCUGAAUGCAUAUGUCUUGCCUCCUCCAACUGAAGGAAGUACCUAUUCCUAUGACUGGAGACUGAUCACCCAUCCCACUGAUUAUAGUGGAGAGAUGGAGGGCAAGCACUCUCAGAUCCUUAAGUUAUCCAAACUCACAGUCGGCCUGUAUGAAUUCAAGGUAAUAGUCGAGGGUGACAAUGCAUAUGGUGAAGGAAGAGUGAACGUGACAGUGAAGCCAGAGCCUCGAGUAAAUCAGCCACCCGUGGCUAUUGUUUCUCCCCCGUUCCUGGAGAUCUCAUUGCCAACCACCUCUACGGUAAUUGACGGCAGCCAAAGCACUGAUGAUGACCGGAUUGUCAGCUACCACUGGGAAGAACUGAAGGGACCUUUGCGGGAAGAGAAGGUUUCUGCAGAUACUCCUAUUCUGAAAUUGACCAAUUUGGUUCCUGGAAACUACACGUUCAGCCUCACUGUGGUAGACUCAGAUGGUGCCAGCAACUCCACCACUGCCAGCCUGACUGUGAACAAAGCUGUGGAUUACCCACCUACGGCGAAUGCAGGUCCUAACCAAGUGAUCACACUGCCCCAAAACUCCAUCACCCUUUAUGGGAACCAGAGUACAGAUGAUCAUGGCAUUGUCAGCUACGAAUGGUCCCUGAGCCCCAACAGCAAAGGAAAAGUAGUGGAGAUGCAGGGAGUGCGGACGUCAACUUUGCAGCUGUCUGCAAUGCGUGAAGGUGACUACACCUACCAGCUGAUGGUGACAGAUUCUGCUGGCCACCAGUCCACUGCUGAGGUGACUGUGAUUGUGCAGCCUGAAAACAACAAACCACCUGAGGCAGAUGCGGGUCCAGACAAAGAGCUAACCCUCCCGGUGGACAGCACCACUCUAGAUGGCAGCAAGAGCUCAGAUGACCAGAAGAUCAUCUCUUACCUUUGGGAAAAAACGCGGGGUCCAGAUGGCGUGAAACUGGAGAAUGCCAACAGCAGCAUUGCUACAGUCACCGGGCUGGAGGGUGGCACGUAUGAAUUCACUUUGACAGUCAAAGACGAGCGGAACUUACAGAGCCAGAGUUCGGUGAUGGUCAUCGUCAAGGAAGAGAUGAACAAGCCCCCCACUGCAAAGAUUGCUGGGGGCGUUGUUGUCACCCUUCCGACGAACACAGCUGAACUUGAUGGGUCAAGGUCCACCGAUGACAAGGGAAUCGUCAGUUUCCUGUGGAUGCGAGAUGACAGCAGUCCUGCUGCUGGGGAGGUGUUAAAUAAUUCAGACCAUCAUCCAGUGCUUUUCCUCUCCAACCUGGUGGAAGGGACGUACAUGUUUCAUCUGAAAGUGACAGAUGCCAAAGGAGAAAGUGACACAGACAGGGCCACAGUGGAAGUGAAGCCUGAUCCAAGGAAAAACAAUCUCGUGGAGAUGAUCCUUGAUGUGAAUGUCAGCCAGUUGACAGAACGACAAAAAGGCAUGUUCAUCCGUCAGAUCAGCGUCCUGCUGGGGGCCUUUGAUUCGGACAUUACUGUACAGAAGAUUCAGCCUUAUACUGAGCAGAGCACCAAGAUGGUGUUCUAUGUGAAGAGCCAGGCUCCUCGCCAGAUCUUGACAGGGCACCAUGUUGCAUGGAAACUCCGAAACGAACUGCGGAAGCAGCAGUCGGACUUCCUCAUUUUCAGAGCUCUGGAGAUCAACACAGUCACAUGCCAGCUGAACUGUUCGGAGCACGGGCACUGCAACUCCUUCACCAAGCGCUGUGUGUGUGACCCUUUCUGGAUGGAGAACUUCAUCAAAGUGCAGAUUGGCGAUGGGGAGAGCAAUUGUGACUGGAGCGUGCUGUACGUUGUCAUCGCCUCUUUUGUCAUCGUGGUCUCCUUCGGGAUCUUCUCCUGGGCUGUGGUCUGCUGCUGCAAGAAACGGAAAGGAAAACCGAAAAGAAAAAGCAAAUACAAGAUAUUGGAUGCCACAGAUCAAGAGAGUCUGGAGUUGAAACCAAAUCCCAAAGCAGGCAGCAAACAGAAAGUUCAGGUCCAGAACAGCAGUCUGAUGCAUUCAGAAUCCGAGCUGGACAGCGACGAAGCGAUCUUCACGUGGCCUGACCGAGAGAAAGGAAAACUCUUGCGCAACCAGAACGGUUUCCUGCGCAAUGGGCAGGCGACACCCAAGCCGAAGAGCCAACGGGAGGAAAUCCUAUAGCCUCAGGCUGGCAUUGGUUAAGUUCCACAGCAAGUUGCCAUUGGUGGCUGUUCUUCCACUCCAUGGAAUGAGGAACCAAUGGAAACCAGCCACACCGUGAUCAGGGUAACGCUGCUAACGUAUUAUGUGACCACACAUUUUGUUUACUGCUGAUCUUUUUCUAACUGCUUGUACUUGAAUUUGGACUUCAAGGGAAACUUUGGCAGAAAGAAGCUGUGAAGCAAAGACUGUGAAGGGCAGGCACUUGUUUCAAAACACCCCAGAACUUACCUCCUUUCCUGGAACUGUAAAAUUGCCUGUCAGGCACCUUUUCCUGCCAGCCCUGAAAUCCACCUGCUGUAAGGAUGCCCCUCUUCACCUCUACACCUCCCUUCUGUGGAGGGUGGUGGGUUGUGUUUGCAAGAACUGGACUUGGCUCUCGCCUGCCUUGAAAGCCAAGUUGCCUCAGACUGUGUGUUGGGGUCUCUUUCUCUCUUGUCACUUUUUCUAGAACACUCACUCCAACUGUGGGAAAGCAGUUUUGGUUUCCUCUCAUUGUCGCCGAUGAGUUUCCAAGUCUUUCGAAACAGGAGGAGGAGGUUGGGCUUUUCAGACUGCAAGGGGUUUUGGCCUCAAGGGCAAGGAUGGAGGAAUUGCUUUCGGGUCAUGUUUAUGAUUGUAAAGGGUUACUUUUUUUUCUUUUUGUUUUAAAUUAUUGUUAGUCUCACCACUGGGAACGGAGGCAACGCUGCCAUAUCUGCAACAUCCCACUGUCACAAACACUCCCUGUCGAUUCCCAAAGCCUUCAUCUUUGUAGUCUCUAGGAUAGCGAGUUUCUCUUUCACUUGAGAAAUACCUUUAUAAUGGAAAAAUCUUUGCACAGUUGUAAAGGGGAAGGGGCGGUCAAAGCCAAACAUGUCGAAAUUGAUUGACUUCUCAGAUCCCCAAUAGAUCAGUGCCUCCGCCCCCCUCUACUUUGCACUUCUUCUUUGUUCCUUGUUGCUUAUGUACUUCUUACAGGAACUGUUGGUUUUUAUCAGUGUCACAGAAACGCCCCACUUUUUGCUUGCCCAAAGUAGCCUCUGUUGAGCCUCCUUACUUGAAUGACCACUAAUUUUGUAGGAGAGCUACCUCCACUGUUCUCACCAGCCCCCCCUCUCCUUUUUGAGCCAAUGGAAUGUGAAGAUUAUGUAUAAUUCAUCCUCCUUCAUCUUUCUCCCCUGCUUUAUUCUCCCUCCCCUUUUGCCCCUUUCGUACUUGGCAAACACUCUCCUGAAGAGCAAACAUACUUGAAGGGACUUCCCUGCCACCCUUUCCUGUUGAGCUGUGCUGCCCUCCAGCCCCAAAGCGUAACCUUCCUGAUACUCAUGCUGCGAUGUAGAGGGGCCUUGCUUUAACUUUAAAUACUAAAAAAUUAUGUCUUCUCCAGGUUAGGGUUGGUUAGCUGGCCACCUCUUGACCAAUUCUGAUCCAGGAAGCAAUUUAUAAAAAAUGUCCAUCUCCACAGGGAUUGACAGAUCAACACUGAAGAAAACACUUGCAAUAAUAAUUUUAGUUCUUUUAAUGGCAGGGGCUGAGAAUGUGGCACAGUUGUGACCCUUCACCACUGUCUGGAAAAUUAAUGUCCCUGAGACUGCAGAAACUGUCCAUCCUCGGUCUCAGUCAAACAGAUGUGUUUCAGGUUCUCUUGGGUUCUGUUUCCAUUGCUGCACUGUUGAGUUGUUGAAGGUGAUAAUUAAAUAUGCUGCUCAGUUUGAGGGGAGGGGGCUCUUUCCCCCACGAAUCGUCAA